AUGGAGCGUCCUCGUGAUGACUCGCCCUCAGGCCUGUCCGACAUUGCAGAGGGCGAUGGCCUUCUGGGCACCGGCCUCACCACCCGACAUAUCGAAGCAUUCGGCCGCAAAGUCACCUCGACAGCAGGGCAUUUAAUGGGACCGAGCGACCAGAACCACGCCAGCCACUACCACAACGCCAUAUCCGACAUCCAUCGCGAGCUGAGGCGGCCACACACCCAGCGCAAGGUGUUUUCCCUGACGCAAACGACUCCCACCGACCUGGUGCGCUCGAAGCUGUCCACCACCGAAAUCCAGUCCCGCGCCCUCUCCUCGCUCCCGGAUGGCCUCCUCGCGGACCUCCCCGAAGAUACCAGCUCCUACUCCCUCUUCCAAGGCUUUCAGGCCUCUCUCCCCGAAGAUGAACGCGAAGCGCGACGAACCCAUCGCCGACGCGGCUCAAAGGCGUCAAAACUUUUGAAGGACAGCGAGAAGGGCGGGUCCUUGACUGCUGGCCCGACGACUUUGAAGGACGAGCGCGAAAAGCUGAGCCGCCGGUUGGAAUUAAUGGGCGUUCGCAAGAAUAUGUGCAGCGCUGAGAUCCACGAGAUUGAUCACAAGAUCGCCAACCUAAACAACAUGCGCAAAAUUGUUCUCGACCGAUUGGCCGGCCUAGAGCGGGAUGAAGCGGAUUUGGAAGCAGAGCUCACGGAGAUCGAUAACAAGUUGGAAGACGAGACACCAGAGCCUUCUGUUUCUGCCGAGGAUGCGACGCCUAAGACUUCAGAAGCCCUGGAUGAUUCUAGCACUUCGGGGGACCCGGCUAUGGAUGCAUCUUUCAUGUCCGAAUCUAUUUAUGAGAAACUGCCUUCUCCGAGAAAUUUAAGGCAUCGAUCGAUAAGGAAACGAUCCAUGCCAAUUCUACACGAACAUUUCGCUCCGGGUUCUCUCAUCAAGGAGAUCGAGGCUCACACGGACAUGGUCACCGCCAUCGAUUUCGACUUUCCUUUUGGCACUAUGGUUACGGCCGCUUUAGAUGAUACUGUCCGCGUUUGGGAUAUGAAUGUUGGCCGGUGCUCCGGAUUUCUGGAGGGGCAUCAUGCCUCGGUUCGCUGCUUGCAGGUGGAAGAUAAUAUUGUUGCCACUGGAUCUAUGGACGCGUCCGUCCGACUAUGGGAUCUGAGUCGUGCACGGCCGUCGACUCGAGAUGGACGUCUUAACAAACACGAGCGCGACGAUGAAGAGGCAAAGCCCGAACAUACGUCACCUGUGCCGCCAUCUUCGAAUUUGGAGGACUGUCAUGUGUUCUCACUGGAAGCCCAUGUCGAUGAGGUGACCGCUCUCCACUUCCGUGGCGACACGCUCAUCUCGGGUUCCGCAGACAAGACACUCCGACAAUGGGAUUUGGUCAAGGGACGCUGCGUCCAGACCCUGGAUGUACUAUGGGCGUCUGCCCAAGCUUCAUCGAUGACUACGGGCGACAGCGGCUGGCGUCCAUCGGGACGUCUUCCAGAUGCAUCUGCCGAUUUUGUCGGAGCAGUACAGUGUUUCGAUGCUGCCCUAGCGUGCGGUACAGCCGACGGCAUGGUCCGUCUUUGGGAUCUUCGCAGUGGCCAGGUCCACCGGAGCCUCGUCGGCCACACCGGACCCGUCACCUGCCUGCAAUUUGAUGACGUCCACCUGGUCACCGGCAGUCUUGACCGUAGUAUUCGGAUCUGGGACCUUCGCACGGGCUCCAUUUACGACGCGUACGCCUACGACAAGCCGGUCACCAGCAUGAUGUUCGAUGCGAAACGCAUCGUCGCCGCUACGGGCGAGAACGUUGUCAAGGUGUACGAUAAGGCCGACGGCCACCACUGGGACUGCGGACCAGGCGUGGGUGUCGACGAUGAAGGCCCAUUCCCCGCGACCGUUGAACGUGUGCGCCUCAAGGAUGGGUAUCUCGUCGAAGGGCGCAAGGACGGUACCAUCGCUGCUUGGACGUGCUAG